AUGACUGUGAUUCAAAAGUCUACUUCAAAUGGUCAUCGCUCCGUGGAGCCUCCUCUUGAUCACGACUUCCACAAUGCUUGGGGAACAAUAUACUCGAACAAUGCUUUCGUCAGUGACAAUCGCGCUCGACAGAUGUGGGAAGAGUAUACUGUGAACCCUGGCAGAGUUGAGCAACAAUAUCAUGUACUGCUGAACGAGUAUACCGACCGGUUUCAAUCGUUUUUCAACGGAUUCUGGCCUAUAACAUUUCACGCGCACGUUAGUGAUGCGUUGAUUCCAACCACCGUGGCCAGUCUCAUUCUCAAUACCGCAUCAACAUGUCCCCUGGUGGUGGAAGACCCAGCACUAUCCCCGUUGCUGAAGGAUGACCCAGAGCCGGAAAAGGUCCAAGAAUUUGUCCGCAACCUUCUUGGUUGGAACGAUGUUCACAUCAAGACGCCGAAAUUAGCCAUUGUUGACGGAAUCUAUGGGUGCGCGUAUGGGCCCUUGGCACACUCGUCGGACGAGUGGGAAUACAGAAUCAUCGGAUCGGGCCCUGAAUCAUUCUACGUACGCCGAAGCGACUUUGUCACGGAAGAGACAUUGUUGAACAAACUCAUUGAGGCCAAAAAGGAAGGAUGCGUCGCAGUGAUCUGUGAUCUGGUCAACGCGUCGGACGGAUCCGUCUUACCGCCCGAGUACUUCCGUCUUUUACGAAAGUGCUGCGAUAAAGUAUGCAUAUGUCUCCUUGUUGAUGAAGCCAUGACCGCAAUCCGCUGUGGAGCACCACUGGUUCACCAGAGACCCGAAUACUGCGAAGACGGCGGGAUCCAGCCUGACAUGAUCGCCUUUGGUAAAGGCAUGGGUAUCAGUGGUAUUGCGAUUAACUUCAACGGCCUGAUGAUGCGACACCUCGCUUUCCACAAUGAGGCGCUCAUUCGCCAGUCAAUCAGAUUCUGGCGCUCUAUGGUCACGAGGCCGAUCGCGACAACAGUGUUGAUUGAAGCCUUGGGUACCUUGAAUGUAGCGGCAGCCGAGAAUUGGCCGGCCAGAAGUGAGCAAAUUGGAAAAGCGUUCCGAAAAUUUGUCAUUCGCCAUGCGAAGAACGAUCUGCCACCCGGAGAGGAGAUUGUGCGUGGGCUAGGCGCAUUCAUCGCCGUGCCGCGGGAUAUCAAUAAAAAGUUUAAUGUUAUGGCGGCAUUUCGUCGGAGAAGUGCUUGGGCGCGGUGGAUUCCCAAGCUCAAUAUGGCUGCUGCUAUGUUACCGCCACUCCUCUCACAAGCAGGAGCAUUGAUCACCGUCAAACGGUGGCUGGAUGAGGACAUCAUUCCCUCCAUCUUAAAUCACGAUGUUGUGACUUUUCUCUGGGCUGAGGACUAUAUUCGACAUCCCAUUGAAUUCCAGCAUUUUCUCAUGGAAGCUCGAACAGCGAUCGAGUCAAUCAAGGACGUUGAUAGCCGUCCGUGCAUGGUGAAUCCCAUCGAGCUGGUCCAAUGGAACAUGGACAAGAAAUAUCUCUUGGAGAUGUAUGCCACGGGAUUCGAUAUACCGAAAAUGGGAAUGAUUGAGGCGAAACAAUUUGAUUCUGUGUCCGCGUUGCACCGACGACUGAUUGAAUUUCAAUCAUCUGGGCCCGUCGUCCUCAAACCCGCGAUAUCUGCAUCCUCUAAUAACACCACACUCAUCUGUGAUGUUUCCACCCUCUCGAAGGAAGACACCAGACACUUGCAGUCAUGUAUUGAUGGUCGCCUUGGAAGUUCAAUCGUUUUGCAGGAGUUUGAGCCGUCUAUCUCGGCGGGUGAAUAUUCGUUCAUCUUUGUUGGCGAGAGUCUCUCUCACGUGGUUUUGAAAUCGCCUCGUAGCGGCGAGUUCCGCUGCCAACCGUCAUUUGGCGGCGAGCUGGGUCGCAUACCGAUGGAAGAGAUUCAGGAGACGACCUUGUCUGUCGUUCAAUCUAUCUUUGAUACGCUCAAGGAUCGGUUCGGGAUUGCGACAACAGGGAAGUUGGGGUAUAUGCGCGUGGAUGGCUUGGUGACUAAAGAUCGCCCGUUUAUCUUGAUGGAAAUCGAAGCCAUUGAGCCUUGUCUUUAUUUUGAAAUGGAAGGACUUGACCAGAUGCUCUCACUAUUGUUGUCAAAUUAGUCUAGAAGCCCUGGGGUUCCAGAUCAAUGUCUCCGAUUCCCGUUCCAUACGUGCGCUGAAACUAAAGCAUUCAAUGUUGGAUUCUUGAAAGGAUCCCAGUGGCUGGCUGAGCUAUACGUAGGGUCAUCUGGAUUAUAACCGCUGAAAAGGCAGGACUGUCAGCGUCCAACAAUUCACGCAAGUCGUCUCAUAAAAUCGUCUUUUCAUCUCAAGAUCAGUCUCACUUAGACCGAUGCUCGAUUUGAGACUUGCAGAACUCGGCAUUAAAAACUAUGAUCUCCAAUUCACUAAUCAAAUUCACUGGUGUAAUAGGGUCAGCCAAUUGUUCGAUCCAAUCACCCGCUUCCCAUUUGCAUAUUCAGUGCAAACUAGCUGAAGGAAAAUUCCAAAAAAGACAUGGAUUUUGCAGAAAGCUUGGGUUUUGGGGAAUCGGGGAGAAGACCUUGAACUGCUCCAACUUUUAUGAACAGACAAAUAGUGUUCUUGACAUUAAUACCAAAGUAACCUGUAAAUAAUGUUGAGUUCCCCUACCUGUCGAUAAUCUCAGAUUGGCGUCCAGUUUUAUUUGAUCAAGUUUUAUUUUUCAUGAUAUACAAUACCUUGUUCUGAAUUUACGAUACGAUGUGCGCCGUGUCU